AAAUUAAUAAUGGCUUAAACUCCUGCUAUAGGUAUUGAUUUAGGAACAACCUACUCUUGUGUAGGUAUUUGGGUAAAUGAUAAAGUUGAAAUCAUCCCAAAUGAUUAAGGUAAUAGAACAACUCCCUCAUAUGUUGCAUUCACUGAUACUGAAAGACUUAUUGGUGAUGCCGCCAAAAACUAAGUUGCUAGAAAUCCAUAAAACACAGUUUUUGAUGCUAAAAGAUUAAUCGGAAGAAAAUUUGCUGAUUCUACAGUUCAAAAAGAUAUCAAAUUAUGGCCAUUCAAAGUUGAAGCUGGUGCUGAUGACAAACCAAUGAUUGUUGUUAAAUAUAAAGGAGAAAACAAAAAAUUCCACCCAGAAGAAAUCUCAUCAAUGGUCUUAACCAAAAUGAAGGAAACUGCUGAAGCUUAUUUGAGCAAAUAAGUCUCAAAGGCUGUUAUCACAGUUCCAGCUUAUUUCAAUGAUUCUUAAAGAUAAGCCACAAAAGAUGCUGGUGCCAUUGCUGGUAUGAAUGUUUUGAGAAUUAUUAAUGAACCAACUGCAGCUGCUAUUGCUUAUGGUUUAGAUAAGAAAGCUAAACAUGAAGAACACGUUCUCAUCUUUGAUUUAGGAGGUGGUACUUUUGAUGUCUCCUUAUUGGCUAUUGAAGAUGGUGUUUUUGAAGUCAAAGCUACUGCUGGUGAUACUCACUUGGGAGGUGAAGAUUUUGAUAACAAACUCGUCGAAUAUUGUUGUGCUGAAUUCUUAAAGAAGAAAGGAAUUGAUAUCAGAGGAAAUCCAAGAUCAUUGAGAAGACUUAGAACUCAAUGUGAAAGAGCAAAGAGAGUUCUCUCAUCUGCCAAUUAAACAACAAUUGAAGUUGAUGCUUUAGAUGCUAAUGAAGAUUUCAAUUGCACAAUCACAAGAGCUAAAUUUGAAGAAUUAUGCAUGAGCAUGUUCAAGGAAUGUAUCCCACCUGUUGAAAAGGUUCUUAAAGAUUCUGGUAUUUCCAAGAAUCAAAUUCACGAAGUUGUCUUAGUUGGAGGAUCAACAAGAAUUCCAAAAGUCUAAGAAUUAUUGAGAGAUUAUUUCAAUGGAAAAGAAUUGAACAAAUCAAUCAAUCCAGAUGAAGCUGUUGCUUAUGGUGCUGCUGUCUAAGCUGCUAUCUUAACAGGAUAAGGUAACGAAUAAGUUAAAGAUCUCUUAUUGUUGGAUGUCACCCCAUUGUCAUUAGGUAUUGAAACUGCUGGUGGUGUUAUGACUGUUUUGAUCCCAAGAAACACAACCAUCCCAACAAAGAAAUCAUAAACCUUCACAACAUAUGCUGAUAAUCAACCAGGUGUCUUAAUCUAAGUCUAUGAAGGUGAAAGAUAAAUGACAAAAGAUUGUCAUAAAUUGGGACAAUUCAAUUUAGAUGGUAUUGCCCCAGCUCCAAGAGGAGUUCCAUAAAUUGAAGUCUCAUUUGAUCUUGAUGAAAAUGGUAUCAUGAACAUCCAUGCUGAAGACAAAGCUACCAAGAAAUCAAAUAAGAUUACUAUUACAAAUGACAAGGGUAGAUUAUCUAAGGAUGAUAUUGAAAAAUUAGUUAAGGAAGCUGAAAAAUUCAAAGCUGAAGAUGAAAUCAUUAAAUCAAAGAUUGAAGCCAAAAACAGUCUUGAAUAAACAACUUAUUAAAUUAGAAAUACCAUGAAAGAUGAAAAAUUAAAAGACAAAUUCACAGCUGAUGAAAAAUCAAAACUUGAAUCAUUGAUUGAUGAAACAACUAAAUGGAUUGAUGCUAACCCAAAUGCUGAAACCAAUGACUACAAAAAUAAAUUAAAGGCUCUUGAAGAGGUCUUCCAUCCAAUCAUGUAAAGAGUUUAUCAAGCCACUGGAGGUGCUCCCCCAGGAGCUGAAGGAGCUGGAUUCCCAGGAGGUGCUGGAUUCCCAGGAGGUGCAGGAUUCCCAGGAGGUGCUGGAUUCCCAGGAGGUGCUGGUGGAUAAGGACCAACAGUCGAUUAAGUUGAUUGAUA